CUGGGGUCUGUACAUCCAUCCACCUUCAUGCUCGCUGCCUCCCACCCAAAUCCCAAACCCUAGCUGGCGAGCAAGCUUUCCAGAUCUCUAACUCCCGUCGCUCCACCCCGGCCAUGCGCAUCCGCAGGUGCGCCUCCCGCCUGCUUGGCUCCGCCGCAGCCGCACCCGCCAUCAGCUGCUCCUCCACUGAGCCGCCGCGAUUCGAGCUGCCCCCGCUCGCGCCGUCGGCCCCAGCCCACGAAUCCCGGCCCGGCUUCGUGGCGCCCGAGGCCUCCUCCUCCGGGGAGCCCUGCUGCGAGCUCAGCCGGUCGCCGUGGGACCUCAUGGACGAGCUCGACCUCUCGGAUCCCCAGGUGGAGAAGCUCUUCAAGGAGACUUACUUCAUCGGUGUCACCUGGCGAUCUAACUGGCUAUUCCUACCCAGAAUGCCUGCAUUCGGCUCUAUCAAGGAGGACCAGGAGCAGGAGGACAUGUCCGAUGGGGUUGAACUGCACAUUGCUGCAAAAAAGACAGCCAGAGAGAGGAAUGAGAGCAAGCUGAAGAAAAAUAAGGGGGUGAAAGUGAAGAAAGGAGUCUGGACGUGCAGGAAGAACGACGGCAAGGGUUGGUUCUGCCGACGGCUCACGAGAGAGCCCAACUCCUAUUGCUCGUACCACUCGGAUCUGAAGCUGAAGCCCCCCGGCAGCGAGAAGCCACAUAGGAAGAGAGCCCCGGUCAAUGUCGGCGAGGGGUUCUACUACUAUGCCGGGUUCGGCCCCGGCACCAAGAGGCGCCGCACGUCAAGCAGCGAUAGCGUGCUAGAACCUCCACUGCCUGCUGAACCACUGAAGGAGGAGGCACCAUCCGAAAUGCAACUUGAUUUUAGUGCAGCUCAGGUACAAGCGAAUGAAUCAGCCCAUCAAGGGGUGCUUCCACCAUCAGCACACGUCGUCGAUGACAAGCCCGCUCUCAACAAUUGCACCAUCGGGAUCAGCAGUAAAGAUGACGUGCCAGAACCUCCACUGCCUACUGAAACACCGGAAGAAGAGGCCUCGAAAGAGGAGGCACAGACCGAAAUGCAACUUAAUUUUAGUGCAGGUCAGGCACAAGCUGAUGACUUAGACCAUCAAGCAGCGCCAGUAUCAGUAAGUGUGGUCGACGAGCCUACACGCAACAAUGGCACUGCUUGGAUCGCAGGCCGGGAUGAGGAGAGCAGCAGCGAUGACAUGCUUGGCUGCAAUGGCGAACAACCCCGCGACAUCACCAAGAGGAAGAGCCCGUUGAAGAAGAGGUGGAGAAAGCCAGUGAAAGCCCGGUCGCUCAAGUCACUAAUGUCGUAGUGCCUGGGUCUCGCUGGCUUCGGAUUACCUAGCAGAGCUCCAUCGGCGGUUUAUUAUAGUUUGCUCUGAUUAGUCUGCUCCAGUUUUGGUGCUGAGUUACCGUACAAUGUACAAACUGUCUGAAUUUUUUGGUGUCCUGUUUUAACUGUCAGUGCAGUGCUGGCUAAAGUUAGAACUACAUAAAGUGGUUUAUUAAAAGGUGUCUUGUCAUCGUGAUGGGCUGAGAUGCAGCAGCCAUUGUUUUGCUGCGGAUGCACGCCCCUAAUUCAGUCAA